AUGGACAACCAUCCUGAUCGAUGCAUGUUGCCACACUUUCUGUGGACCUUUGCGCAGACAUGUGGAACUGUGGGAUGCUUCGUCAUCUUUGGCCUGAUCGGACAAGUCUAUUCACUCCUCUUGGAGAGCGGCCAAAGCUUAUUGGCUUCCUUGUUCUUGCCCUUCGGUACCGCCCUCGGAGAGACAGGCAUGGUGGUCUUUACUCGAAUUGCCUACAACACGCUGGUGCACACUAAGAAAGUGAAUGGUCAGGGGCCUUUGGCGGGAGAUCAGCUCUAUGUCGCAGCGCCUUGCUUGAUCUUCUCUGCGCAUGCCUUUGCUGAGGCUUGUCGCUUGACCGCCACCCUGGCGGGUGCCAUCAACAACGGCGGCUUCGCGUGGGUCUCCACGACCUGCGUCGGAGUGGCUUUGAACAUCUCGGCACGUCUGGGCUGGUCGCGCUUCAUCCUGAUCCAAUUCACCAAGAUGCUGAAAGGUGGCCCCACUGCGAUGGCCAUUUUUGCACCCACAGGGUGGAGCAAGUUUCACGACGAGCUGAAGAUCUACUGUGGCUACUAUCGGUUCGUGCUAGUGCUGGCGCUGGUCGCUGUGAGAGCGAUGAUGUAUCAGAGCUUCCAAGCGGAAGGUCCCCUGGCUCCAGCCUUCAAUGUGUCGGCCAUGGUCUUGAUUCCAACUCUGAUGCUCUUUGAGAUUCUGGAAGAUGAGAUUGUCACUCGGGAGUUGCUGCCGGUCAACCCUGCAGGGGCAGGCCUGCUGAAAGUCAACACUGCAGGAGACAAUGCUGAUCCAGCGCAGCUACUCACUUUGGAGCAUUUACUAUGCGUUCCGGAGAAUGACCCAUGGAAAAUGUCGGAGCUGGAGGCAUCCGGCAAAAGGUCAAUGAUGACCUCAAGCCUGAGGAGGACUUCUUCGAGCUUGAGCCACAGGAGCCGUGACAGCGACACCGCAACCUCCCGCCGUGACGGUGCAGACGGCAACAUGGGGCUCCAGCAUGAACCGGAGAAGACCGUCUCCCUGGGCAUCAGAGAGAGUUACCUUUGGGCGCGCUUGCGGAGUUGGUUCGGUCAAUCGCGGGCCUUGAACUCCUCACCUGCCCUCCAUGGGCUUCGCGAACUGCCCUUCAUGGUGCACUUGAGCUUCAUCGGCAUCGUGGGAGAGUUCACCUCGAGCUUGCUGGGCUUGCUGAUCGGUGCCGGCUACAUGCGUGGCUUGUGUCCGGAGCCGCUCCAGGGCCCUGAGCGCGUCGUAGGACUUCUUUGGUGGCAGACGCCUUUGCCCUGCUAG